CACACACUUCAUAUUCUCCAUGGCAACGACAAUAAGCUUGUAUCAUAUAGACAUGAUCACUUGGUGGGGGAUUACUUACCCUACCUUUCUUGAAACAUAUACUAUGAACAUCACUUUUGUAUUGAUUUAUGGUGUCAUAACAUUAGCAACUCUUGCGGUUGUGACAUGGACGUUGUCAUAUUACGGAGGCCCGGCAUGGAAAAAUGGACGCAACCAUAUGGGUUGCGUCCCUAUUCCAAGCCCUCUAGGGUUUCCGGUAUUUGGCAGCUUGCUAUGUUUGGUUCAUGAUUUACCUCAUCGCACCCUUGCGUGCAUGGCUCGUUCUAGCCAUGCAGCUACCCAACUCAUGGCUAUCAGUGUUGGCUCGACCCCUACUGUGGUUGCCUCGGACCCACAAACGGCUCGUGAAAUCUUAACCUCCCAACACUUCGCCAACCGUCCGAUAAAGCAGUCUGCUAGGCUACUCAUGUUUAACCGAGCUAUCGGAUUUGCACCCAAUGGAACCUAUUGGAGACUAUUGAGAAGAAUUGGUUCGUCUCAUCUCUUUGCUCCAAGGCAUGUUUUUGCACACGAACAUGCACGUGUGGAGGAAUGUACCUCUAUGUUAAAUAACAUUGUUAAGGAACAAUCCUUGCAUGGUUUUGUUGUACUAAGAAAGCACUUGCAAAUUGCUUCCUUGAACAAUGUAAUGGAAAUUGUCUUCGGCAAAAGCUACAACAAAAAUGGGGAUGUUCAUGAAUAUAUGGAGCUUCAAAAGAUGGUGAGAGAAGGAUUUGAGCUUUUAGGGGCAUUCAAUUGGUCUGAUCAUUUGUCGUGGUUGAACAACUUUUAUGACCCUUCUCGUGUUAAAGAAAGAUGUGUUGCUCUUGUACCUCGAGUUCAGAAAUUUGUCAAAAAGAUUAUUGAUGAACAUAAACUCAUAGGCUCGGCAAAUAGCGGUGAGGACUAUGACUUCGUUGAUAUAUUGCUCUCUUUAAGUGGCGAGGAGAAGCUUAGUGAAGAUGAUAUGGUGGCUAUCUUAUGGGAAAUGGUAUUUCGCGGAACUGAUACAAUCGCUCUUCUAACCGAAUGGGUCAUGGCGGAACUAGUGAUAAACCAAGGCAUUCAAUCAAAGCUCCGAUUCGAACUCAACACUGUCAUGGGCAACAAAAACCUCAACGACGCUGAAAUGACUAAACUACCCUACCUUCAAGCUGUUAUAAAAGAAACUCUUCGUGUCCACCCACCAGGCCCCCUCCUGUCAUGGGCUCGUCUUUCAACAUCAGAUGUCCAUCUCACCAACGGCAUGGUUAUCCCAGCCAACACUACUGCCAUGGUCAACAUGUGGGCCAUCACACACAAUCCUGAAAUAUGGGAAUGCCCUUUUGUGUUUGAUCCAGAUAGGUUCUUACUGUCUGCUGGUGGGUCUAAUGUGGAUAUAAGGGGUGGUGACCUUAGGCUUGCACCAUUUGGAGCAGGUCGUAGGGUUUGCCCGGGUAUGAACCUUGGUAUGGUUACAGUUAGCCAGUGGGUGGCUAAGUUAGUGUACAACUUUGAGUGGGUUCCUGACAUGGCUCAUCCGGUUGACCUAACUGAGGUGCUGAAACUUUCUUGUGAAAUGAAGAAGCCUCUAUGUGCAAAGGUGGUUUCUAGGAGUGAAGGUUAUGCAUUGAUGUAGGGUUUUGUGGGUGGGUUAUUGUGUGCAAGUACUCUCAUUUCGGCCUCUUAAGGGUGAACAAAGAAUUAAAUAAAGAAUUGAGAGGGCAAAAGUUUCAUUUAUGUUGCAUCAAAGGGUUGAUUUAUGUUUUCAUACUAUGUAUUGUAAUACUGUAAUAAGUAACGUAUUGU